AAAACCACGUAAAAUGCAAAAGUCGUGUUUGUUUAAUGAUAAAUCGUGCGACGAGUAGAACGUGACAGAUCGCGUCCUGGCGUUAACGCGAAACCAUGAUUCAUUCCAACAUUUAUUUAUCAAUCAAUGAAAAUUGGCCAAAUCAGACUAACUAAUAACUAGUACAACAAAUAAAACCAGUCGAAAACCGGUUAUCAAAUUCCACAUUAACUUUUGUGUUGAUUGCAUAAAUGUCAACUCUAGUAAAAAUCGAUAUUUUCUCUUGAAACAGUCGCUUGUCACAGUACAAAGGAUGUUCGCGCCCCCUUAGUUCCUCAAAUGAAGAGAAAUCGAAGCAUUCGAACUCUGCCCCUAGACAACCUCAGUAUUCUGAAGCACCCACUACCUGACCAUAAAUACAGUGAGAAGCUCUAUUUCGGUGAAGAAAUCCCCAAAGCGGUCUUCAACGAAGCGCAAUUUUUGUCAAGCGGCGACUCAGACAUCUUAGUGAGCGUUCGCGAUGUCGGUAGUAAAAGUUCAUCGAGUUCCCUCAGCUGGGGCGAGGAGUAUAAAAGCGAAGCCUCAAAGAAACUGCGCGAAGAAUUGGAACGCAUGGAUGGGGUUUUAAGGGGCGCGGAGCCCAUCCCAGACCACUAUGACAAAGAAGAAUACGAAGAGUGGAUGCACUUUUUCCCAAAUUUGUGCGUUUUAGGGGUUGCAAUUUCCGGUAGGAGACCAAAUUGCGAGGAAGAAAUUUUAGCUGAAGUUACCUGUGAUAAGAUGGAACCUAGUCAGAAUAAAGCGGCUGUGAUUGACCAAAUUUAUGCAAAAAUUGCACCAAAAAUCACCCUCAACGACGAUAUAGACGUUGGUAGUUUUUUGAAAGUGUCACCAGUGGGGACUAGUCGGCUCCCCAGGCGUCAGUCGUCAUCCAGGUCUUUAAUAUCGUCACACAUGUCGGCAUCAAAGUGGCUCAAAGAUGAAGAAUAUGACUCUCUGCCGUUUCUAGUGGGGGUGAGGAAACCUGGCGCGCCUAAAGGCAUCCUCAAGAACAGUCUAGUGCUGCCCCCUAUCGAGAAUAGCCAGUUUCGUUCGAUUUCCGCCACCCCCAGACGCGAAACCAAGAGUUUGUCAGCUCUAUCAAUGAAGGACCAAAAAUAUUCUGGUUUCAAGAGGAAAAAUCUGUAAAUGAUAUUUGUAUUAAUUUAUUGAAUAGAGUGUCUUUAUUUUCGAA